GAAGUUAUUGACGUAGGUUAAAUCAACUACGCAACAGUCAGACAUCUUGAUAUUUCCUACCUAAGAUUAUUUCAUUGCCUUAUACACAUUACCAAAUUUCUCGAGGACACUUGGGAUACUAGCACCCAUUCUAGACUGAACGCUUUAUACGCCGCAAAAAAAGCUUCAAGAUACGAAGUAACCUAUAAUACCGUCACAAAGUUUCAGAAGAAACCGAACGGAGUCGUGUAGACUUUGAUUGGAGAUGUCUGCAAUGGCGUCGCUGCUGAGACCGCGGUGUCUCGUGCUCGUCCUAUUCGCGGUUGCGGCGUUGCCAUCAGCAUCCGUUGCCACAUCAUGCCGCAGCAAUAACAUCUACAAAACCUGCUACGGAUUUGACACUUACUGCUGCAGGUGGACCAUCGGGGGCACUUCUUCUUGCUGCAGAUACUCCGAGUAUAGCUACACCAGCUCUGUCUCGCGUUAUGGUAGCUAUGCCUCCACCUCCUGCUACAACUUGUUCAGUUACAACAAGUGUUACAAGGCCACGGACUCGCGUUGUUGCUACAAGACCGCCGGCUCGUCUUCUUCUUGUUGUAAUUACUCUGAAUCUCGCUUCACGUCAAGUUUGUACAGAGGAACAGACUCUAAUAUUAGUUCAGUCUUGAUUUCUUACAUUAUCGGCGGUGUGAUUGGAGGUAUCAUCUUUCUCAUCCUUAUAAUCGUCAUUCCAAUUGUCGCAUGUGGCGCAUGCGCGGCAGCCAGUAACCGAAACAGGAGGGGCACAACCGUCGUGACCUACAACCAGCCUAAUCAAGCGUACAAUAACCAGGGAUACAACCCGGGACCUCCACCGCCUGGACACGGCCAGCCCCCUCCGCAGGGCCCUCCACCGCCUGGCCCUCCGCCCGGAUACAGCCAAGCGCCUCCCCAGUAUGGCCUGAUGUACCCACCGGCGCCACAGUAUCCACCACCGACCGCAGUCGACCCUGCCUACCCUCCAAAUUAGAGUCAGCUAGGACCAUAAAGCUUCAGAUCCGCCUGCCCGUCACAAGGAUGAUAACAGAGCAACCAAAAGCCGACAAAUAGCGCCGGUGUGACAGCGGAUAUAGUCCCCCUGGAGUCAUAGUCCGGUAGCAUUGUAUUUGACCAAUUAAGCAGCAUGAUCUAUUGUACCGCUAACCCUAACCAAAACAUUUAGCAAUGCGGGCUAUUGUUACACGGACUAUCAGCCCUACGACUACUAUCCCCGCCACACCGGUAUAACAGUAACAAAUGCCCCCCUGGAAAAAGUGUCCGGCCCUAUUGUAUUCUGCAAUAUGGUUCUAAUGAGACCCUGACCGUCAAUAGCUCAGAGAUUGAAGCGCAUAAUAGAUCCUUUGUUCCCCUGGCAUUCUAUCCUAGGACAUUUUAAACUUCUACACUUCUACAACGGUCAUACACUGCUGGUGAUAUACUAUGUUCACUUUUCUUCUUCUUUUUGUUAAAGUCUGAUGUAAGUACGGUGUAAAUACUAAAUAUGUAUAGUUGAUUUGUAGUGUAUUUAUGUGCAAGUAACCGUAUUGUUCACGGUGAGUAACACAAAAGAAACAGACAAAAGGAAUGGGAGGGCCUUGUUUUUAUUGUGUUACAAUGGUAAACCAAUACUUUACCGACCGUGUGUUCAUUUCAAUAAAAAUUUCGCUUUGAGAAAA